GACCAUUAAACAUUGAGGGUAUUUCUGCACUGAAAUUUUGAUAUCAAGCAGACAGACAAUGCUUUUUAGGUUUAUUACAUCAAAGUAUUACACUUAUUUAUUAUUGUUAUGGAUGCUGUUCUUUCUAUACUCAAGCCAUGUUUCAGGAGAAGAAAGUUUUCAGACAAUUUAUUCAGUUGGGAAGACCGUUUUUCUCAGUGUGAGAGAGAACAUAUCCAUUUCAGACACCGAUGACGUGCACUGGGUUUUUGGAAAUAUUUCACGUAUAAGGUGGAAAGAAGGAAACAUUUCUAACCCGAAGACACACAAAUAUGAUAUAUUUAAAAACGGCACACUCAAGAUCUGUGAUGGAAGCAAAGCAGACUCAGGACUGUACAACUUAAUAAUAUACAACAAAUUAGGGAAGAAAAUUACCAACCAAACAACUGAAAUCAUAUUUCUUGAACUGGUGUCUAAGCUGAGUGUGAGCUUGUGUGUAAAGGAUGGAAAUAUCAGCAUCACGUGUACUGUUGGAGUUGGAGAUGAUGUUCAUUUUCUUUGGACAUGGCAAGUUAAUGGAAGCACUCAGAGCUGGAAGGUACCUAAGCUGGCAUCAAAGGAGCAAACCAUCUCCUUUAACGACCCCAUUCCUGACAAUCUGACCUGCACAGCAUUCAAUAGCAUCAGCAAACUAGAAAGAAAAGUACAUGGAAGCCCAAUAUGCAGAGGUCAUAUUUCAACAUGUGCUGCUUUUGUCAUAUUCAUAACAAUUAUUUUGGGCUUGCUGGUCUUGUGGAAAGAUGUGAAACACCCAAAAAAAGCUGUUGCUGAUGAAAAUGCAUACCUUGAGAUGCGUGGUGUGUGGCACAGAAGAACUCUGCCUCAGAACAGUGGAAUCACACCUAUGGACAACUCUGUUUAUGUGGUCUGCAGACCGCUUCAUCACAGCUCCAGCCAGACAACCACACUUUCAACUCCAGAAGAAGAUGAACAAGUGAAUGUCUAUGUGUGAAAUUAGGUAAUUAUUUAACAUUAGAAGUAAAUUAGAAUUCAUUGUAUUUUCUGAUUGUUUAAUGCAUAUCAUGAUUGACUUAACCAACAAUUGUAAUUUUCCUAUUUAUGUAUAUACUUGUUAGUAGAUUUGUCAAGACUGAAGCAAGAGAUAUUCUUCAGUGUCGUUUUACUCACAGAGCACAUGUUGUUGUGUUGUGCACAUGCCCGUCUCUGCAGAUUGAUCUGAAAUACUUUUGCUGACUGAUCAUUUUAAUCUAUCUCUUGAAUUCCUCUUCAUUGUUCAUUCAUUAAUCUUUACUAUGCUGUAAUGUUUUGAUACUGUAUAAGAUUUUAACAUUGCAAAUUAUUAAAUAAUUGUUUUUUAUUCUUUAUCGUAAAUAAAACUGAAUGGCUUGAAUGAAUGACUGUAGGGCAUUGCUCUUUAGAUUUAAAUUCUUUUGUAUAGUUUGUUUGGAAAACUUUAUAAGAGUAUAAGUUCAAGAAAUAUUCUGUAAGGAUUUUUGUGUUUUGAGGCAUAAACAGGGUUUCUGCAGGUUCGAAGGAAUGACAUUUAACACUUUUUAAGGCCAAAUAAAAGAAACAUUUAAGACCACUUUCGCAAUAAUAAUAAAAAAUAAAACACAUUAAAUAAUUCAUAUUAUUUAGCUGGUAAAUACAAAACCACCGAUUUGAACUGAUUUGUUUUUUGUUUGUUUUUUGUGUGUGUGUGUGUGUGUGUAAUUUGGCUUCGACCA